GCAAGAAUUCAAGCAAAUAACAAUUGGUUUGAGUAAAAAAUGUGCACCGUCAGAUUGAUGUUCACAACUAUACGUCUUCUCCUUUCUUUUUUUUUUUUUUUUUUUUUUUUUUUUUAACUCCACCUAUUCUAAUACGACAUUCUGGUAAAAUUAAAGGCCUACAAGGCCGGCGGAUUGGAUUCAAGUCCAAACAAACCAAUUGACAGCGCCUUGUAGGGUUCAUAAACUAAGUCAUAAUUCUCUGCUAACAGACAAGCAGGGACAAUCAGUGCCAAAUAGACCAUUGAUCGACAACUGCCCAAGAACUAAAAUUAUACAUUUUAGUUUAAUUUCCAAGUAAAAACUGGUCAGCAGCAAGAAUUGUAUACGGUGAAUUUCUUCUUCUUUGUUUGGAUAAACUAAGAAUUCUCUUUCCCUCUCCAUCUAAGCCUGAUCAUUUUGCAUGGGAGAGGCUCAAGAAGUGCAGCUACACAUCAUGGGGGAGGAAGCUGAAGAGACAACUCGACCUGAGCACACAAAUGUGGCCAACCAGCCAAUACUCCUCCUGCAGCAGAACUUUGGUUGGUGGCUCAGAAUAGCCAUCUUCACAUUCUUCCUUCUUGCAGGCCAGACAGUGGCUACAAUCUUGGGAAGACUAUACUUUGACAAAGGUGGAAACAGCAAGUGGAUGGCAACAUUUGUGCAAACUGCUGGCUUCCCAUUUAUCCUUCUCCUUUACUUCACACCACCACUCAAAAAUCCCACCUCAAACAAUAUUAAACCAAACUCGCCCUCCAAGCUAGUUCUUGUCUUGAUUUAUGCCAUAUUUGGGAUAUUUCUAGGAGCAAAUUGUAUGCUUUAUUCACUUGGGCUCUUAUGCCUGCCAGUGUCUACAUAUACUCUAAUUUGUGCGUCACAAUUAGGCUUCAAUGCUUUGUUUUCCUUCUUCCUCAAUUCACAGAAGUUUACUCCUUUCAUUAUCAACUCUGUAGUUCUUCUUACUAUCUCCUCUACCCUCCUUGUAUUCCAAAGUGACUCCACAGAAUCAAAGAAAAUCUCAAGAGGGAAGUUUGUGAUUGGGUUUAUAUGCACACUUGGUGCUUCUGCUGGGUAUGGAUUGAUACUUUCUUUAACACAAUUCUGUUUCAGGGAAGUGUUAAAACAGGAAAAUUACAAGGUGGUUUUGGAUAUGAUAUUGUAUCCAUCAAUAGUUGCCACUCUGGCUAUCCUGGUGGGACUUUUUGCCAGUGGAGAAUGGAAGGGAUUAAGGAGAGAUAUGGAGGAAUUUGAACUGGGAAAUGUGUCCUACAUCAUGACUUUGAUUUGGACAGCUAUAGGUUGGCAGGUUUUCAAUAUUGGGUGUACUGGGUUGAUCUUUGAAGUUUCUUCACUCUUCUCUAAUGUCAUUAGUACUUUGGGUCUGCCUAUCGGCCCGGUGCUCGCUGUCUUCAUUUUCCAUGAAAAAAUGAAUGGUUUGAAGGUGAUUGCCUUGGUUUUGGCUAUUUGGGGCUUCGUUUCAUAUGUCUAUCAACAUUAUCUUGAUGAUCAAAAGUCCAAGAGUGGAAUAAACAAUGUUCAUGAAGAGGUUCUUAACUUUUACUAAUACAUGAGUAGGAAUUUCUUUAUGCCAA